AUUCAUUCACCCCUUCUAAUUUUUCUCUAUCUCUUUCCAUUUUCUAAAAUUUCCAUCUUCCCCGAGAUAAUUUAAUUAAUCUCUUCGUCUUCUUCCUCUCUGAAACCUAAUCUGCCUCCGUUUAAGUUAUGGGCGUCGCCGUUCUCAACCCGCAAGAUUGUUUGAAAGAUCCCUUCUCCCACAUGAGAUAUCAUCCCCGUAACCCUAGCGCGUGUCCCAACAGGCAGAAAAAGCCCGUUUCCAACAACCGUACGCGCCGGAGUCCUCCUCGUAACCAAUCGACCAGAUCUCCUUCUCCUCCUGUAGCGCCGCCUCCUCCUCCUCCACGCGCGGCUGUCUCUGCUUUCGUUCCUAAGGGAACGGUCAAGAAGGGUCCCAAAAACACCGUUGCCGUCGGUCAGGUGAGAAUCCUGAAGCGCGGCGAAGAAAUCCCUAGCAAGGCUACAGAUCUGGUUGUUGUAAAGACAGAUCUGGUUGUUGAGAAGUCAGAUCUGGGAUCUACUCGUCGUAUUGGACCCGAUCCGGGUUUGAUUCCGAGUCAGAUCCGUUUAUCUGGCCGCAAAUCGAAAUCAGUCCCGUUUUACGCCGGUCCGGUCACCAUGACUUCGCCUCCUCCAAGCGAUGUACCGCUUCCAGCUUUUUUCACCAAGAAGAGCGUUUCUUUGUUCCAAGCCGCCGCUGCAACCAAUGAUCUGAUCAGGAUGCUUCGCCUUGACAUCGCUUGACGGCGGUUGUCUCCGAUCAUCUUUGUUCCAAGUCUCAGAUGAUCCCAAAAUGGUUACGAAAGUGUUACAGUUCUGUUUACCGAUCGUCAGAUUCCGACUUUAAAACCGAAGAUCUACAAGAAAAAUGAUAAUCUCCAAGACGAUGAUGAAUCUAGAAGAUGAAGAAACCACACAUCUUCGUUAUGAAUCGUUUCGAAUCUUCCCUUAUUUUUUCAAGGGGCAAGAUCGAAAUAUCUUCUUAACAGGUCUUAGUUUCUCUUCUUAGGGUUUAGUGUUUGUGUAGGAGUAUUUUGUGCAUAGCCUUUUUCUUUUUUUUUUUAUUCCUAUCUUCUGUAUCUUUUGGGUCUUUAAUUUCUGCUUUAAUCGUCAGGUUAUCUGGGUAAAGUAAAUUAAUUAUAUCUUUGAGUCUUUUCUCAUUUCGUUAGGGUUCUCUUCGUUUGAGUUAGCUUUGUAAGGUAAGUUAUAGAGAUGUGUUUUACUGGUAAGAUAUGAAGUUUAAUUUGGGUUUUCUUCUUCUGUUGGGGUCUCUUGGUUAUUCCGUAAGCGUUCUUCGUCUGUUUUCGUGUCGUUUAGGUUAAGUCAAACUAUCACGGAGAUGUAGUUACUGGUUAGAUGAAGUGUAAAGGCUUCUAUGUAAUCUUCUGUACUACAAUUCUCUGUACUUCUAUCUUUAAUAUUAUCGAAUAUAUAUUAUAAGUUCUAUCUGGCA